CAACACAUCGGGAGAGUUCCCUCAAAAGCUUUGGUCUCACUUGAACAGUCCAGUCGUUUCUGAACCCGCGCUUCGAGAUGUUUGUUCUAAUUUCCGUCAUACUACUGCUUCUUCAGACUGCUUGCAACUGUCAGCAAUCAAAUAAAUUCGAAGUAACAUUGGGCUGUUUACAGUUCAACGGCGAUCAUGGGUAUAAUCACAGGCAUCCUUACUUCCCCACCAGCGGAUUCAGACAUCUGAAAACCACUAAAAAUGAUGUUACGAUCAUGCGAUUGGGCGUUCUAGGGAACAACGACGGACACAUUCGGCUUGCAUCGGUCAUGUACCCAUACAACAGUACCGAAAUGAACGAAAUAGUUCUAUCAGGUUGGGCCAAUACCAAAACGGUAGUUCGACGCUACACACGCACUGCUCCGAACAAAACGUCAAACCUGAAGGUUUUAGAAGAACAAUUAAGCAUCGGAAUGCUGUCACCUUUCGAGCCGUUCAUGUUUACGAUGGCAGUGCAUCCAAAUGGGCUGGUGCAGCUCACUAAAGACGAAGAUACUUUCCCGUUCCUAGAGUUUCGGGAUCCACAACUGUCGGCCAAGUACAUCGGGUUCUGCAAUUUUGACGUUCCCGUAGUGUACUUCUACGAUUGUCCACUCGAGGUUGACCGAAGAGUAUGUGAUGGCAUUGCCUUCUCAAGGAAAUGAAAUAGGGAUGAACCUUUUCGAACACUUCUGGAAACGGUUGGAACAUUUCUUUAAUAUCGCCUGAACUCAAUUUUUUCUACUAAAUGAUAAUUUGUCUCUAGUCUGCACGUAGGUGAUCAUUAUUGAAAUAAUAAAUAUGACCAGUACCUUUCGAGGUGAAAAAUAAUAAAUGCAUGUAAAUAGUUUAUUAUAGAGUGCUUAUCACCAGGGGAACGAUAGCUGUUCGUUUAGAAUGACGGCUUCCAGUUCCAAACGAGCAAACAACCUGUCAAUUACAAUGUAAAGCUAACGACACUGUCAACAUUUCAGAUUAAAUGUUUUGAAUUGUUGCCAACAUUACGGAUGACAAGUCGUCACUCCGGUUAUAGGCACUCGAGUUUAAUAAAGAAUCUACGCUCCGUUAAGUAAUUCAACAUAAACUGUUAUAGGCUGACGAAUAAGAGACGAAAUGUAAACGAAGAACAUGUGCUAGGAGUAUUACUCAACUUCUUUAACGGUUUGUUAUGAUAAUUUAAAAUGAAACCAAUUUAGCCCGAAAUAACCUGAAAUUCAAAAUUUAUUAUGAUUAACAAUCUUACCUUAAUG